AGAACGUUGAGGAGAGGGGGGAGCCAAUCAGCGUCGGGGGGCGUGGCCGCUAUAAAAGGCAGGUCCCUCGGCGGCGUGCGUCCAGUGAGGCGUGUGGCGCCGCGGGCGGAGGAGCUCCGGCGAGUGAGUGACUGUGUGUGGUUGUUUCCUUCCCUCAGUGGGGGCCUCGACGAUGUUCAGCUGGGUGAGCCGGGACGCGCGCCGUCGCAAGGAGCCGGAGCUGUUCCGCACGGUGUCGGAGGGGCUGCGGCAGCUGUACGCGGGGAAGCUGCUCCCGCUGGAGGAGCAGUACCGCUUCCACGAGUUCCACUCUCCGGCGCUGGAGGGCGCGGACUGGGAGAGCAAGCCGAUGGUGCUGCUGGUGGGCCAGUACUCCACCGGGAAGACCACCUUCAUCCGCCACCUGCUCGAGCAGGACUUCCCCGGCAUGCGCAUCGGGCCCGAGCCCACCACAGACUCCUUCAUCGCCGUCAUGGGCGGGGAGGCCGAGGGCGUCGUGCCCGGGAACGCCCUCGUCGUCGACCCCCGGCGCCCCUUCCGCAAGCUCGGCGCCUUCGGGAACGCCUUCCUCAACAGGUUCAUGUGUGCCCAGCUCCCCAACCCCGUCUUGGACAGCAUCAGCAUAAUUGACACACCUGGGAUCCUAUCGGGAGAGAAGCAACGGAUAAGCAGAGGUUACGACUUUGCCGCCGUUUUGGAGUGGUUUGCGGAGCGGGUAGACCGCAUCAUCCUGCUCUUCGACGCCCACAAGCUGGACAUUUCAGACGAGUUCUCAGAGGUGAUCAAGGCCCUGAAGAACCACGAGGACAAGAUCCGGGUGGUGCUGAACAAGGCGGACCAGAUCGAGACCCAGCAGCUGAUGCGGGUCUACGGGGCCCUGAUGUGGUCGCUGGGCAAGAUCAUCAACACCCCCGAGGUGGUGCGCGUCUACAUCGGCUCCUUCUGGUCCCACCCGUUGCUCAUCCCGGACAACCGGAAGCUCUUUGAGGCCGAGGAGCAGGACCUCUUCAAGGACAUCCAGUCGCUGCCCCGAAAUGCCGCCCUUCGGAAGCUCAACGACCUCAUCAAACGGGCCCGGCUGGCCAAGGUCCAUGCCUACAUCAUCAGCUCCCUGAAGAAGGAGAUGCCCAACGUUUUUGGGAAGGAGAGCAAGAAGAAGGAGCUGGUGAACAACCUGGGGGAGAUCUACCUCAAGAUCGAGCGGGAGCACCAGAUCUCGCCGGGGGACUUCCCCAACCUCCGUAAGAUGCAGGAACAGCUCCUGACGCAAGACUUCAGCAAGUUCCAGCCGCUGAAGCAGAAGCUGCUGGAUGCAGUCGACGACAUGCUGGCGAACGACAUCGCCCGGCUGAUGGUGAUGGUGCGGCAGGAGGAGUCGCAGAUGCCCACGCAGGCGGUCAAGGGCGGGGCCUUCGAGGGCACUAUGAAUGGGCCCUUCGGCCACGGCUACGGGGAGGGGGCAGGCGAGGGCAUUGAUGACGUGGAGUGGGUGGUGGGCAAGGACAAGCCCACCUAUGACGAGAUCUUCUACACCCUGUCUCCUGUCAAUGGCAAGAUCACGGGGGCCAGCGCCAAGAAGGAGAUGGUCAAGUCCAAGCUGCCCAACACUGUCCUGGGCAAGAUCUGGAAGCUGGCCGAUGUGGACAAGGACGGACUGCUUGACGAUGAGGAGUUUGCCCUGGCCAACCACCUCAUCAAGGUCAAGCUGGAGGGCCACGAGUUGCCCGCCGAGUUGCCCGCGCACUUGGUGCCGCCUUCCAAACGCCGGCACGAAUGAUCCUGUCGUCGUGUUGCUCACGAACUCAUAAACUCUGCCCAACUUUGGCUCAAAACUGAGAACAACAACAUAAAAGAAAUCUCCACCUCAUUCUUAAAUGAAAGGAAGCUUGUGCACAAUAGUAAUUUUUUAAAAAGAGAUGUUUAAUACAACUUCCACUGUGUUUAAGGCAAUAAUGUCCUCUGGUUGUCUGGGACCAGCCCUCCCUUCCUCUUUCAUCAAAUUGCAGGGAGAAAGGGAUUCUCUUGUUCCCAUUGAUAUUGUCUUAUUUUUCUUAAGGUUGAGUAUUGAGCUGCAAUUAUCAUCACACGGUGCCUUGGCUGAGCUUGAAACUCACAACUCGGUGCUUCUUUUCUACCAUUAUUACAAUGUGAAAGUACGCGUCCUUUAGGUCUAGCGGUCUCUCCUAUUAUUUAAUGGGUUCACUCUUAAGCUAUGGUGAUCUCUCAACAUGCUUCCACAGUGCUUCCAACGGUCACAGCCAUGUUUUCCGACGCACAAUUUUGUAUGUUAUUUGGAACUCGAUGGCAUUUGAGUAAAUCUUAGGGUUUGCCGUAAUACACCAAGGAAACCUCUUGCUUACCUCAUCAUACACUCGCUUCUCCUUCUGACCAUAUUUUAGUAUAAUUUUGGCAAUAUUAGCGAUAAUUGUGGUGUAAAGAGUCCAGUGUCUCACACCAGUUGCUCUGGGGAAACCAUUCCGAAUCCUUUUGGGCCUUUGAUAAACAAUGCGGGGAAUUAUUUUGGCCGAAACAAAGGUAAACACACUGUCAUCCACAUACAUCGUAUCUGACCAGUGGUUCCCAAAUUAAUCCCACAUCCUAGACUAAGCAAUGGCCCCCGAACUUUGUGUCUUCCAGUUCUUUGGGACUACAUCUCCCAUCAGCCUUUGUUACUAUAAACAAUGCUGGGAGAUGACUAAGAUCCAACAUUCACAUAUGAGAGUUAUUUGGGAGAAUUAAUGUCCCAAGAAAGGAACUUUUCCUGCCAGUUGUUGAAAUGUGAAUCUCAAGGAAACACUGAAUGGGUAGAUUUGUCUUUUCGUGCAGAGAAAACUAGGUGGAUUGGGCGUUAGACCUGCAAACACAAGUCAUACAUUUAAUUUUCUCUCUGCCAAAGGAAAAUGGAGAAGCAUAUUAGCACAGGAGAAUAAGACACAUUCACAUGGAAGGGAAUAAAAAAAUACAUGUAGGUCUUAAGGACGGAGGAGCUCUUGAAUAUAUAUUCCAUCCACAUCCUUGACAUUAAAGUUGGUUUUGAUGUUCGUUGCUA